GUGUCUCGCUCUGUCACCCAGGCUGGACUGCAGUGAUGCAAUCUCGGCUCACUGCAACCUCCGCCUUCCAGGUUCAAGCGAUUCUCCUGCCUCAGCCUCCCAAGUAGCUGGGAUUACAGAUGUACACCCCCACGCCCAGCUCAUUUUUUCUGUAUUUUUAGUAGAGACGGAUUUAAACAUGUUGGACAGGCUGGUCUCGAACUUCUGACCUCUGGUGAUCUGUCUGCCUCUGCUUCUUAAAGUGGUAGGAUUACAGGCAUGAGCCACCGCGCCUGGUUUGCCAAUUUUUUGACAACAUAUCAAUAACAUUUACGAUGGGCACGGCCUCAGUGUAGUGUGUCUAGACAAGGUGGCCGGAAGAGAGAGGAACAUGCAAACCAGGCUUGAAGAUGAGCUAAAUCAGAGCUUUUCAUUCCACAAAAGAGAAAUUUUAAUGGGGUCAGAACAUUGAUCUUCUAAUAUUUGAAAGCCUGUUAACUAGGAGAGAGAGAGCAAACUAUUUUGUUGUAGGAGGACCCACCCAGCUCUGACGGUUUAAAGCGUCAUGAAUGCGAAUUUGAACUCCAGAAAAGCAGAGCUUCCUAACAAUGGGACUUCCACAGCAAUGGGAUCUGCUUCCUCUUUCAGUUUGUGCCUUUUCUAUGAGCAAGAGACUCCUAGGAAAACAGCAGCCCAUUAGGAAAACGUGUGGGAACUCACUCGCGGGUUCUUUAUUUUUUUUGAGAUGGAGUUUUGCUCUUGUUGCCCAGGCUGGAGCACAAUGGUGCGAUCUUGGCUCCCUGCAACCUGCGCACUAUGAGUUCAAGUGAUUCUCCAGCGCCCUCUCCUGAGUAGCUGCGAUUACAGGCAUCCACCACCAUGCCUGGCUAAUUUUUUGUAUUUUUAGUAGAGAUGGGGUUUCACCAUGUUGUCCAGGCUGGUCUCAAACUCCUGACCUCAAGUGAUCCACCCACUUUGGCCUCCCAAAGUGCUGGGAUUACAGGCAUGAGCCACUGAGCCCAGCCGGGAACCCACAGGUUUUUUGGAUGGUCUCUGAAUGUCAUGUAACUCUUUUAUUUUUUAUUAAAAAAAUUUUUUUUGACACAAUAUCUUGCUGUGUUGCCCAGACUGGAGUGCAGGGGCAAGAUCAUGGCUCACUGCAGCUUCUAACUCCUGGGCUCAAGUGAUCUUCCUGUCACAUGAGUCUCCCAAGUAGUUGGAACACAGGUGCCAGCCACCACACCUGGCUAAUUUGGUUUGGUUUGGUUUUUUUAGAGAUGGGCUCUUGCUAUGUUGCCUAUACUGGUCUUGAACUGCUGGCCUCAGGCAAUCUUCCUCCCUUGGCCACCCAAAGUGCUGGGAUUACAAGCAUGAGCCACUGUGCACAGCUGAAAUUUUUGACUUAGUCUUUUUGUACAUGUGAUAUUUUAUUCAUAGAAUCCAUAAAUGGAAGGGAAAUUUCUGAGUUCAGAGCAAUACAUAUGAUACAAAACUUGAUAUACAGACUAGAGUUUCUUAGCCGAACUGGAGGGUCUGGCUUAGGUAAUCCAUGGAUUCCCUGAAAUUGGAGACACCAUUGGAAAUAUGUGUGAGCUCAGGGGCAGUUUCCUAUGAUUUUUAGGCCUCAAAAUGUCUCUUGGACUCAAAAUUGCCUUAGGGCAGAGGACGUGUGUACCCCCAGUACAGAAUCUCGGACAGUGAAUGUGAGUAAACAUUCGGCAGAAAAGCUCUGCCAAACUGAGUGCUCUCAUGUGACUUUUUCAUCAAGUCAGUAUUCCUGGGAUCUCUUGUACAUGAUAAUCUCACUCUUGUACAUGAUAAUCUCACUCUUGUACAUGAUAAUCUCACUCUUGUACAUGAUAAUCUCACUCUUAGAAGGUUUCAUCGUUUCUGCUUACCCUAGUUUUCUUUCCCACUCUGUUCCCUCUCCCACCAGACUGGACUCUGAAAUGGGCAUGUACAGAGACGAAGAGACCCCAACAUGCUUCAGGCUUUGAGUGGAGAGGACAAAGCCUCUGCUGGGACAGGGAACAGAGGGAUGUGGAGUCCCUGAAGAUGCUUUUGGACAAUGGUCUGAGGUUGGGACAGUGGCAGGAGAUACCAUUCACCCAGGAUCUCCAGGACAAGAGAUCAGAAUGGCAGUUACAAGUGUUUUUUUUCAAACUGGUUGCCAGGUUGGCAUGAGCCAUGACAUCAGAGAUUCCGACCUUCCUGAUUGGAGGGACCGGACUCCGUGGUGCCUGGAGAUCAGUUGGACAACAGUAUCUUCUCAGAGCUGUUCUCCACUCCUGACUUCUCCUAGGCUUGAGAAUUGAUAACAUACUCUUCUGGAUCCGAGCAGUGUCCAGAAGAAGGCCAUGGACAGAACGGAGACUAGGUUCCGUAAGAGGGGACAGAUUACGGCAAAGAUCAUGACCAGCCGUCAACCGCACCCCCAGAAUGAGCAGACUCCCCAGCAGAGCACCUUGGGGUACCCCCUCCAGGAGGUGGUGGAUGAUGAAGCGUUAGGACCAUCAGCCCCUGGGGUAGAUCCCAGCCCCCCAUGUAGGUCCCUUGGCUGGAAAAGGAAGAAGGAGUGGUCAGAUGAAUCUGCGGAGGAGCCGGAGAAGGAGCUCGCCCCUGAGCCUGAGGAGACCUGGGUAGUGGAGACGAUGUGUGGGCUCACGAUGAAGCUGAAGCAACAGCAAGUGUCACCCUUCCUCCCUGAGCACCACAAGGACUUCAACAGUCAGCUUGCCCCUGGGGUAGAUCCCAGCCCCCCGCAUAGGUCCUUUUGCUGGAAAAGGAAGAUGGAGUGGUGGGACGAAUCUGAGGAGUCGGAGGAGGAGCUACGGAAGGUGCUCGCCCCUGAGCCUGAGGAGAUCUGGGUGGCAGAGAUGCUGUGUGGCCUCAAGAUGAAGCUGAAGCGACGGCGAGUGUCGCUCGUGCUCCCUGAGCACCACGAGGCCUUCAACAGGCUGCUUGAGGAUCCUGUCAUUAAAAGAUUCCUGGCCUGGGACAAAGAUCUGAGGGUGUCGGACAAGUAUCUCCUGGCUAUGGUCAUAGCGUAUUUCAGCCGGGCCGGCUUCCCCUCCUGGCUAUACCAACGCAUUCAUUUCUUCCUGGCUCUCUACCUGGCCAAUGACAUGGAGGAGGACGAUGAGGACUCCAAAGAAAACAUCUUCCACUUCCUGUAUGGGAAGACCCGCUCUCGCAUACCCUUGCUCCGUAAGCGUUGGUUCCAGUUAGGCCGUUCCAUGAACCCGAGGGCCAGGAAGAACCACUCUCGCAUACCCUUGGUCCGUAAGCGUCGGUUCCAGUUACGCCGUUGCAUGAACCCGAGGGCCAGGAAGAACCGCUCUCAGAUAGUCCUGUUCCAGAAACGUCGGUUCCACUUCUUCUGUUCCAUGAGCGGCAGGGCUUGGGUUUCCCCGGAGGAGUUGGAGGAGAUCCAGGCUUAUGACCCAGAGCACUGGGUGUGGGCGCGAGAUCGCGCUCGCCUUUCCUAGAGCUCCAGGGACCGUGGAGGCCUGAGGUCAUCGGCCUGAGAGAAGAACACCGGACCCAGGGGAGAUGUGGAUUUUCAGCAGGAACUUUAUUCCAAUGCUAAUGGCAGACACCAGGAAGGAGGAGAGGAACCAUUUGUGCACAUCAUCUAGAAGAACCUGGACCAUUCUUGAUGGAGCUCAAUACAGUCAUCACGUUGUCCUCCUAGGAGCAGGGGUGGGGGGAGGGGGGUGGGGUCCUUCUAGGAGUCCUUGGAGAAAACUAAGAAACCAGGAGUGUUUCCAGUUCCACCCUUUCCUGCGGUACCACCACCCUUUUUAUAUUGCUGAAUUCCAACCUCCCUGGGGCGGAACCUGGAGGUCCUCUUUCUUACGGACUUGAUUGCCACAGUCCAGAAGCAUUUGAAGGCACAGUGCAGGGGCUCAGAUUGGCACAGAAUUCUUUUGUGAAAUAUCAGUGCCACAGAUUGUAACAGAUAGCUUCAUGCACACUCUGCAUUUUAUUGGUUUGUUUGGGAAAUGUUGGCCAUUGAAUUAUUCAUAGAUUUAUUUCAAAUAGUUCGGAAAUUGUUGUACUUUUGAAAACAUGCUGUUCCUGUAGUUUUUUGAUGAGAGUUAUAGUUGUUAUAUAUACAUAAAGAUAAUUUUCUUUUCAUUUUUAAGAGACAAUUCUUUUUAUCCUAAAUAUUUUAUUAUCUUUAAAUUUGUUUCUGUAUUAUUAUAUGUGCUCCUGAAGCGAGCACUUUUUAUCUAUGAUGCUUCCAUAAUAAUCUCUUCUAUUUAUAGCUAUUGGUAGUUCCCCACCAGAAAAAAACAUAAUUCUGGUGAUAGAAAUUUUUAUUUGCUGUUUAGGUUUGUGACUGAAUUGUGAGAAUUCAGUUGUGAUUUUUAACAUGUCUCAGAUAUAUAUACUAACACAUCUAAUAUAUACUAUCUAUUUUAUUGGUUUAUUUUCAAAAACAUGGAUAUAGAAUUAUUUAAAUAUUAUUUUAUUUAUUGAAAUAUUUAUUAAAUAUAUUUAUUUAUUUAAAUAUUAUUACUUUCAAUAUUAUUUUAAAUAUUUUGGAAAUACUGGUAUUUUUGAAUAGAUGCUGUUUCUAUAAAGCUGUGUGAUGGGUGUUAUAACUGUUGUAUACACAUACAUAUAAUUUUGUUUUCCUUUUUAAGAGAGGAUUCUUUUCAUCCUAAAUCUUUUACCUUUCAAUCUUUGUAUCUAUUAUUACACGUGCCGCUGAAGGGAGCAUGGUUUUUAUCUAUGAUACUUAGUUAACAUAUAUAUUACAUUUAUAGCUAUGUGGUAGUUCCCCUAAAUUCUUGUAAAAAUAAAUUUUUAUUUGAUAUUUCAUAUAUGUUUGAAAUGUGAGAAUUCAGAUGUAAUUUUUUACCUUGUUUUGGCAUGUUUGUAUGUUAAAGAGGAUGUGUGUUCUAAAGGAGGACACGAGCUGUGUGUUUUCAAGAGAACAAUAGAGUGCGUCUCUUGGGGAAACAUAAUAAAAAUGAACUUUUCUCACCUUCACAGCAAUUGU